UCCCUCCCCCUCUACCCACACAAGACUCCACUCUCUCUCUCUUCUCUCUCUCAGAGGACAAUGGCGGCGAAAAGAGGAGGAGUAUCUCUGCCAGAAAGACGAGACAAGAAGAGAAGCGACGACGGAGUUAUCUCUAGGGUUUCCUCAACAAUCUCUGAGUCUCCCAUCAUAUACCAAAGCAAGCGAGUCGCCUCCGACGCCGCCUGCGUCGCCAAGAAGCUCCUGAAGAGCACCGGCAAGGCGGCGUGGAUCGCCGGAACCACCUUGUUGAUCCUCGUGGUGCCUCUCAUCAUCGAGAUGGACCGCGAGCAACAGCUCAACGACCUCGAUCUUCAGCAAGCCAGCUUGCUCGGCACCCCUCCUCCCAUGAUCUCCGCCCCCCAAAACUGAAAUACAAAUUGUUCGAUCAAAAAAGGUUCCUUUUUGAGGUCAGAUAAAUCGUUUUCGUCAUUGUGUUUCUAGGGUUUAGUGAGAUUCCUAUUUUUGGAAUUUGGGUUUUAUUGUGUUACUACUACUAUUAAUGUGUUGAGCAAUAAGUGUUUCUAGGGUUUACUAUUUUGUAAUCAUGGUUUAUCAAUUUAGUGUGUUCUGCUGAUUGAAUGUGUUGCAUUGUAUUGAUUAUUGAAGUUA